CGACCUAAAAACGUAACAUCCUUACGGUUCCUCGAGAAUCUCAUCCACGAAAACGUAAAAUCGAAAAACAAAUCAUGAACAUCUUAGUGUUUGUACCGUUGAUGCUCCUCUCUUUGAUUCAUCUGCCGAUCGUUUUUUGCGGGACACGGCCGAGUUUUGUCUCCGACGAGAUGAUCGCUACCGCAGCAAGCGUAGUGAACGCUUGUCAAACGCAGACUGGAGUGGCGACAGUGGAUAUAGAGGCGGUAAGGAAUGGUCAGUGGCCAGAGAGGCGGCAACUAAAGUGUUACAUGUACUGUCUGUGGGAACAAUUCGGAUUGGUCGACGAUAAAAGAGAGCUCAGCUUGAACGGCAUGCUCACGUUUUUCCAAAGAAUACCGGCGUACAGGGUGGAGGUUCAGAAAGCGAUCAGAAAAUGCAAGGGGAUCGGUAAAUAUUUCGCCAAGGGUGAUAACUGCGAGUACGCUUACACGUUCAAUAAAUGUUACGCGGAAGCAUCGCCACGGACCUACUAUCUUUUCUAAUGGAUCAUCAGGUUCGUUCGAUACAGAGGAGAAACGAAACCGAAGUGAGAAAAAGAAAAAAGCGCUGCUCAAAAAGUCUAUCUCAUUAAAUGAUUUAGUCUGCAACGUUUUACCGUGUAAUGGAACCGUAAUCGUAUCUGUACUCGUACAAAUGUAAACGAGUCUCUGUACAAGACGUUAAUAAAAGAAAAAAAAAGUUCCAAUUA